GAAAAAAAACAUCACACACCCAGUCUGGUAAACAUAGAUAUGCAAACUCUAUGUUAUCAACAUGUACAGUAUCGGCCAAUCCGAUACCAACCUUACUCCAACCUUACCUAUGAUACAGGAACAUUUUUCUGUUGCUAAAGACAGAGAGUAGUGCUGACAGUGGACAGAUCAGUUCUUACUUUGUUUAGGAUCUGUAAGUGCACACACAGACUUUGUGAAGAUGAGCCCAAUGCUGUGUCUGACAGUGCUUUUAAGCCUGAUGGGAUGUGUUGAAUUAAUCACAGUCAAGACGCCGCAAAAACAGGUCAAUGUCACAACGGGUGGAACUGUCCUACUCCAGUGUACCUUUGUUACUACCCAAGAGACCACCAGCCUUAACAUCCAGUGGGAAUUUGUUUCAUCAGCUGAUAUGAAAACACAACAGGUCUAUUACUAUCAGGCUGGAAAAGAUGUCAUUUCGACAGCUUUCGAAGGAAGGCUUACACCUCCGUCUGCUCCUGCUACAUCCAGGAAUGCCUCAAUAUUAAUCAGCAACAUGAAACCAUCUGAUGCUGGAGUCUACACCUGUGAUGUUCACAACUUUCCUGAUGUGGAAGGACAGUCUCAAGUCAACAUCAUUGUGAAUGUUCUUGAGAGGCCUUCUGUUCCUUACUGCUCCGUCCACGGUGAUGUGGAAUCAGGACACUUGGUCACACUGACCUGCCACAGCGAGCAUGGGAGCCCAAAGCCAAAAUACACCUGGAUCCGACUGGAUGAGACCAAGGCGAGGAGGCCUGUGAUGGGAAGGACAACUGAAAGUGGAAUCCUGGAAAUCAGAAACAUAUCUGAGUUUCAGUUCGGGGAGUACCAGUGCAAUGCUUCCAACGUUGUGGGAUUUUCCAUUUGCACUGUGGAAUUAAGCCCUGACGUAGGAGAUGGGGUGGUUGCCGGUGCAGUGAUUGGUGCUCUGCUCGGAUGUGUCCUGAUCAUCCUGGUCGUGUGGUUCAUCGCUCACACAGUGAAGAGAAAGAAAUACAAAGCGGUCAAUGUGUCAGAGGCCAACGAGAUGAAGAGGAGCACUCCACACGCCCAGGCAGCCCCUGAGGUUCCCACGACAACCACAGCUGACAGUAACCUGCAUGCUGAUGAAGAGGAACAUCAAGCCUAAAAGAGGGUCUGGAAACACCUGGAUGGUCACUAAGAAGUGUGUAUCAUUCUGAAAUUGAAUCAAAUAGGCUGUUGUUUAUAUAUAAGUUUGUAUUUGCUUGCAAACCAUGAAUUCUUCGACAGCACAAUUUUCAUCACCUUCAGCAUUUGUUCAUUGUUUUUUACUAAACUUUUCAUUUUUAUGGAUCCAGGGUGUUGUUCCUUACAGUUUACUGCUAGUGUGACAUUUUAACCAUAUAAAUCACUCAUCCAUUCAGGUAUUAAUUAGAACCCAUGUUUGCUUUGUAAACCUUUGGUAAUAAACUGUAGAUGAUGUCUGCCUGUACUAUGUAACAACACAGAAGCAAUUAAGAUUCAAUAAAAAAUAUUAUCUCCUGAGUUGUAUUUGCCAUGUAGUGUGACGGUAAAUGUAAUUAAAGUGGAGGUAGACAGUGUGUGUACUUUAGAUG